AUGCACACCCCUCCACCGCCGCUUCUCACCGCACCCAUCUCCUUCCCUCCGGCGACCCACUCUUCCAUCUCCAACCACGCCUCACCUUCCUUCCCUUUCCUCUCCAUCCUCAUCCUCGUCGCCGUAAUCUUUCUCAUGUAUGCCGCCUUCUUUGCCAUCAAGUGCCCUCCAAACCCUGUCACCAGGCUUGGCCGGAUCUCCGGCGAACUCGCCGAAAAUCCAAGAACCCACAACCCAAUUGCCAAUAACACGGACCACCUAGUUUCCAGCGUGACAUACAAGGCGGCGCCGCACGGCGGCGAGUGUCCUGUGUGUUUGUCGGCGUUUAUGGAUGGGGAGGUUGUGAGAGAAGUGAACGUAUGUAAGCACUUGUUUCACUCUGCUUGUAUUGAUAUGUGGCUCUGUUCGCACUCUGAUUGUCCGGUUUGUCGGGCUUUUAUUGGCACGAGGAGGUCGAAACCACCACGGCCACCGGCAGCGGCGGCGGACGGCGGUGAAGGUGAUAUCCGGCAAGGCUUGCCUGACUCUGCUAGCUUGGUUUGA